ACAGAGCGUUUCACACCAAACUGCUCUGAACGACUCUGAUUACAUCUUAACCAUUUAAUUAUGCAGGAAUUUUUGGAAAUCCAGUGGAAUUCCUCUUUGAGAGUGUACAGUAGCUGAGGGCACAUAGUGUGUCACUCUAAACACAUUCUCAGCUGUCUGAGGGAGUCUGAGGCUCUGCUGAACGUUUAAAUUUAUCUCAGUGACAAACACAGCCGAAAAUACAAUCAGCUCACCGCAAUUCACACAGGACCGCAGAGCCGCAGUCCGCAGGCAGCCGUGAAGGAGUUCAGCUGUAGGAAGAAUGGAGAGAAGGGAGGAAAGAGCUGCAGACGGACAUCUGAAGUUUGGCUAUGAGACUCCGCCCACCUGUGAGCUGCUGGACCUCCUGUUAAAAAGCCGCCGCCCCUCUGACCCGUUUGACGAGGUCUGGCCCAACAUCAUCAUCUCUGAUGCGCGCACAGCGAAGGAUGUGGAGCUGCUGAAGGUUCUGGGAGUGACUCACGUUGUGAACGCUGCGGACGGGCCGUCCCGCAUCCACACGGGCGCCGCCUUCUACUCACACGCCCACAUACAGAUCCAGUAUUAUGGAGUGGAGGCUCCGGACAGCAGAGACUUCAACAUCUCCCGGUUCUUCUAUCCCACCGCACACUUCAUACGCUCCGCCCUGACCCUGAGCUCAGGUAAAGUGUUGGUGCACUGCGCCCGAGGAAUCAGCCGCUCCGCCACUCUGGUGCUGGCGUAUCUGAUGAUCUAUGAGGGUCUCACUCUCUCAGAGGCGAUUCAGGCUGUGCGGUCACACCGGAGCAUCCUGCCCAACGCUGGAUUCCUUCAGCAGCUCAGAGAACUGGACACUGAACUCUCACUGCAGAGACAAACAGCCAACAGAAGCCUUCCAUCCUGA